CACAGCUAACACCAGAACUCCAGAAGCAAGAAGAAGAAGAAGAACAGAGCUCCGAUUCCUUCGCGGCCUUGUCUGUCUUUCUCUCUCACUAUUCCCCCUCCGAUUCCGACUUCUAGAGAGGAAGUAGCAUAAGAUGGCCGAGGCAGAUGAUAUUCAACCACUUGUCUGUGACAAUGGGACAGGAAUGGUCAAGGCUGGGUUUGCUGGAGAUGAUGCUCCAAGGGCUGUGUUCCCUAGCAUUGUUGGUCGUCCUCGACAUACGGGUGUGAUGGUGGGUAUGGGUCAAAAGGAUGCGUAUGUGGGAGAUGAAGCUCAGUCGAAGCGGGGAAUUUUAACCCUGAAAUACCCAAUUGAACACGGGAUUGUUAACAACUGGGAUGAUAUGGAGAAGAUAUGGCAUCACACGUUUUAUAAUGAGCUUCGUGUGGCCCCCGAGGAGCACCCGGUGCUCUUGACCGAAGCACCUCUUAACCCUAAGGCUAAUCGCGAAAAGAUGACCCAAAUUAUGUUCGAGACGUUCAACGCCCCGGCUAUGUAUGUUGCCAUUCAAGCUGUUCUUUCCCUGUAUGCUAGUGGCCGUACUACUGGUAUUGUUUUGGAUUCGGGUGAUGGUGUGAGUCACACUGUCCCGAUCUACGAGGGUUACGCCCUUCCCCAUGCCAUCCUUCGUCUUGAUUUGGCUGGCCGGGAUUUGACCGAUCAUUUGAUGAAAAUCCUCACGGAGCGUGGCUACUCUUUCACCACCACAGCCGAGCGGGAAAUUGUGAGAGACGUGAAAGAAAAGCUUGCUUACAUAGCGCUCGACUAUGAGCAAGAGCUCGAGACUUCAAGGACUAGCUCGACUGUAGAGAAAAGCUACGAGCUCCCCGAUGGGCAAGUGAUCACCAUAGGUGCCGAGCGUUUCCGAUGCCCCGAGGUGCUUUUCCAGCCUUCGAUGAUUGGGAUGGAAGCAGCGGGAAUCCACGAGACCACGUACAACUCUAUCAUGAAAUGUGAUGUCGAUAUUAGGAAGGACCUGUAUGGGAACAUAGUGCUUAGCGGUGGUUCCACCAUGUUCCCGGGUAUCGCUGAUAGAAUGAGCAAGGAGAUUACGGCGUUGGCCCCGAGUAGCAUGAAGAUCAAGGUGGUGGCACCGCCCGAGAGGAAAUAUAGCGUCUGGAUUGGCGGCUCCAUCUUGGCUUCCCUUAGCACAUUCCAGCAGAUGUGGAUUGCUAAGGCAGAGUACGAUGAGUCUGGCCCAUCAAUUGUUCACAGGAAGUGCUUCUAAUUCUCGAAGAAAAAUGGUUUUUGAUGAUGGAAUGGGCUUCUUCUAUCGAGUCAGGUUGCAGAUUACCGCCUUAUAUUCUCUUCUACCGUUGAUUUUCUGUAUUUGUUGUUCACAUGUUGGAUGUAUGAAACCUUGAGAAAGGAAAGGAGUUGAUUUGGAUUUCAUUGUUCCAAUUCUUUUAUUUUUACCAACUUAUAAGUUUCAACUCUCA